CGGCACGGACUACAGAUUCGAUGACCGACAUCACGCAUCCAUCCGCGCAUACAUGGAGGAGCAUGGCAUCAGAGACUCCCGAGCAGUUGUUGGAGGUCGUACAGGAGCGGAUCCUUGCACUGCAGGCAGGGAAGACGUGCAGGACGUGCUUGACGAGAUGGAGGAGCGGGAGGGGGUGGAGUUGCCAGGGGAGGAGGUCGUGAUGACGUUGCGUGGGGAAGACCCUGAUAUGCGAAAGGGGAAGAGGGCGAUGGGGGAGACCGACCGGGCAGCGAGUCGACCGGGGAAGAGGGUCCGCCAGUCCAAGAUCGAUGAGGUCUACACUGCGGACAAGCAAUCGGUCUUCAACGAUAAGUUUCUGCAGUGGAUCUAUAACUCUGACAUUCCGUUCAACGCGUUCAGGAGGCAAUCGUGGAGGGAGGUCAGGAAGGCGGCGGAUGAGCUGCCUAGAGGAGUGCGGAUGCGAUUUCCUUCCUUUAAGGAAAUCGGUGGAGAUGGAGUACCCGAGCAGAGGGCGAAGGUGGCGUCUUUAUUACGGGAGAUUCAAGAUGGCGAGUUCUGGCGCUAUGUCGAGUUCUUGAUUCUUGUGAUGGAGCCCAUCCAUCAGCUGCUGAGGCGGAUGAACAGAGGAGGGAUGAUGAUAUCCAUCGUCUACGGGUGGAGUCGUCAUCUCGUUCAGCUUCUGACGAAGUUGGACGUUGCGCCGACCGAUCUUCUGACCCCGUGCGUACGAGAGGUCAGGAUGCGGCUCAUGCACUUGUUGGAGCCCGCGCACGCUGCCGCUCAUCUCCUUAACCCCCGUCAUCGGUCUUUGAGGUACUACGCAUCCCUCCACACCACGACGGAGGAUGCGAAGGUUGUGCAGGAGUGUGCUAGUUUUCUCCUUGCGCAGAGUGGAGGUGAUCCCACCAGCAGGGAUUACCUCGUUGUUCGUGACCAGAUGCGCCGAUUCCAUGCGCGCAGUGGAGACUGGGGUGAUAGGCUGGUGUCGGAUGCCGAGGCGGAGGGUUGCCAUGGGGAUCAGGAGACGCACCGUUGCGCGGCGUGGUGGUUUGCCCACGGCACUGCCCACCCUGAGUUACGUGCUAUCGCUAUCCGUGUGAUGCACAUGUGGACGUCAGCCUCUCCCGCGGAGAAGAAUUGGACAGCCCACGAGCGCAUUCAGACGGCAAAGCGGAGCAACCUUGGCUUCGCCAAGCUGGCACAGCUGGUUGAGAUCACGACAAAUCUCAAACUGGCUUCAUGCAGGCAGCAGGGUGGCGGCUAUGUGCUUCCAUGGGUCAUGGAGAGUGUUGACACCGAGAGACGGCUGCCGGACGAGGACGAGGACGGUGACCCCGAGCCUGACGUGUGGGGGGCCAGACCUGUUGGUACGUUCACCGACUGGGAGAUCACGAGGCAGAUCGAUGUUUUUCGCAAGGACGGCACAAACCGUCCUCGAGAGGUUUCUGCCGUAUUCGGGGAUCGGGUGGCCACUCUGCUCCCUUUCUACCACGUGCCUCCUCCCCCGUCCCGGGGAGCACGAGAGGGUUUUGCGGCAGCCGUUGAGGACGGAGAGGACGAUUGGAUGGACGCAGAGGAUGUGGUAGGGGGCACAGACAGGACGGCGGAGCAGGUGUACUUCACGUACGGGGGCGGGUCAGACGGGCAUGCGCCUAAGACGUCCGUCAUCACGGACGAUGUCGCCGGUGGGGCACAGGGUAGCGCCACUCGACACCCUCCAGCGGGUCGAGGUCGUGGCGCCGUUGCUCGCGACGUUCACCCCCGCGCGAGGAGAGUUCUAGCGGUGGACUCGAGUGACGAGGACGAGGGCGUGGCACCUCACGCUGACCGCCUGCGGGACCCUCGGUUCGAUCCGAGCCACCACUCCAGGGAGCAUUCAGAGCAGCUUCGUCGGUCACACAGGUUGGCAGAGCGUAGCGUUCAGGCGUCCCAACAGCCUCAGGACAUACCGGUCGCGGAGGGGACAUCGUCACACAGCGGCCCCGCUCAGGCUGCGACAUCCUCUCUGCGCACCAGCGAUUUCGAUAUCGCGGGUUCGCAUGGGGGCUCACCUGUCUUACGAUGCAGAGUCGAUGACAGAGCGGAGUACAGGACGGAUGUCCGGGAGAGGGAGGAGACUAUUGAGGAGAGGGACGCUCGCCUGGAUCGCGAGGAGGAGGCAUGGUUGCAGUCCAUGCCCCGAUGGGAGGGCAGAGAGGAGUAUGAGGCCGAGCAGCGGAGGAAGAGGGAGUUAGAGAUGAUAGGAGCGGGUCCACCACCGAGUGUCGGACGUAUGUCGACUUCUGACACGAUGCAGCCCCCCUUUGGGCCCUCUGAUAUUGUGGGUGGUGGUGCUGAUACAUGCGGAUUGGACGCUGGAGGCGGGGGGCAGGCAGAUGUGCCAUGCAAGGGUGGUCCUGUCGGGGGUGUCGAGACAGUGGGGGCAGACACAGAAGCUGAGAGCUCCGACGACGGUGAGGAGUGUGCGGCCGCCGAGGCUAUUGUAGACGACGUCAUGAUUGGCAUAUGCGCGACUGGCACAGAUGGCGGGACUCAUGGAGGGGAGGAGGGGAUGGUGGACGAGGGUAGUGUGCCUUUGCCUGAGGAGGAGUUGGUGGACGAGGGGAGUGUUCGUUUGCCUCAGGAGGAGUUGGACGAGGGCGAUUUGGCUUUGCCAGAGGAGGAGUUGGUGGACGAGGGCAGUGUCCCUUUGGAGGGCAGUGUGCCUUUCGUUGAUGGCACGACACAGGAUGACGAGGAGGGAGCAGCGGUCGACGCAGGGCACAGUGCCCCGUCUGUGCGGGAUGGCGUGAACGGAGGGCAUGUUGAGGAGGAGGUAGCAGCCAUCGACAUGUCCCUCGCGAUUAUUGUUAGGCCCCCGUCAGUGCGAGAUGUCGAGACAGGAUGCCAUAUUGACUCGGGCGGGCCGGGCUAUUUCUCUGCAGGUGGGCAGCUCGGGGAGAUGCCUCGGUGGGAUGGAGGGGAAUCGGGGGAGUGCACUCCAACCCCAUUACAUCCGGAGCAGCUAGAGACGUUGGGGACGGAGGACCCUUUCCCGUUCACUGGUGGUCAGCCCUCGCCUCCCCCGUGGGCUCCAGUGAGCCCUAGGUGGGCCGGAUCAUCGCAGUCCGACAUCCGUGAGCGGGAGUCUUUGGAGAGCCAGGCAACAGUGUUUUCAGGCGGGACUGGCAGCAGCCAUGCGCAGCCACUGACGCGCCCUGUAUCUCGAGCAUCGCAGCUGACCACAGCACCGACUGCAGGUCUUCCACCGAUUGGAGGUCGAGGCAGUGGGCGGGGAUCUUCUUCGAGUCAUCGAGGUGGCGUUUUAGGGGGGUGGUCGUCUUGUCAGCGAGUGACGGACAGUCUGAGGAGGGACUACGAUAGAGGACGGGGGCUGUUCGCACGAGGACCAUCGGGGGAGGGAGAUCCUGCAGCGGGUGCGAGUGAGGCUGGACGACCGAGUGUCCACACAGCAGGACGUAUACUCGGAUUGGAUAGAGUCAAGACGAGGAGGACAGAGAGGUUGGAGGUUUAUCCGGCUCGAUCAGCCAUUGACGACAGACGGCAGGGACUGCCGUACACAUCGGGGGAGGAGGACUUGCAUAUGCCACAGGGUUCGAGACGUAAUGGCUCGAUCAGGGAUCUUGAUGCGGAGAUUGCUGCUGACCAGCAACGGUUGGCGGACCUCAUUCGCGAGCGUGAGAGGAGGUCGGAGACGGAGGCACAGGCUGAGGAGGCAGACACAGAGACUUAGCCCAUCGAUACAGCUAUGCGGAGAGAGAGGCAUCGGAGAGUAGCGUCUGCGGCAGGCUCACACCUUGCACCCGUAGGGAGAGAGGGAGCACCACACGGUCUAUCAAACCCUAUCCCCUCCCAGUUAAUGUCCCUCCCCAACCGCCUUUUAGCCAAUGAGCCCUCUCUUUCUGCCCUCUCCCAAAUUCCCAAUGAAUGACAUCCACCAAC